CGGAAUUUAUUACGAGUGUCUGACGGAGGAAUUGAAGUAUUCUCAAGGCGAAGAGAAGGUUGAAUGCUGAUGGACAUUUUAGGAUAAGAGAGAGAGAGAGUCGCCAUUUGUCUGAAGCAGAAGAAGGGAGUCGUCUCGAGCAGUAUUAUCUCGCCUGUGCUUCCCCUCCGCGACGCCUUAUCUCACGCCACACGUCGCUAAGAUGAACAUUAACUUACAGAGAAUCGGUCACACCUUCACGGAGAACCUUGAAGCACCAGUGAGAAAACACCUCAAGAAUGUCUACGCCACCUUCACACUGGCCACCAUUGCGGCCUCGGCAGGUGGCUAUGCUCACAUGUUUAGCACCCUCAUUGGAGCCGGUCUUCUUACUGGUAUAGGAGCCAUAGGAGCACUAUUAUGGCUUGUACUGACCCCCUACGACGGCAAGAACCAACUGCAGCGUCUCUCUCUUCUUGGCACCUUUGCAUUCCUCUCUGGCUGCAAUCUGGGUCCCUUACUUGACCUUGCUGUUGCAGUCAAUCCUGCCUUAAUAUUACAAGCAUUGCUGGGCACAAGUGUGGUGUUUGCCUGCUUCUCCCUGUCGGCCCUGUUUGCUCCCAGAGGACACUUCUUGUACCUGGGUGGCACUCUGCUGUCUGCACUCUCCACCCUCUUCUGGCUCUCCCUCCUCAACAUCUUCUUUGGAUCCCGUCUCCUCUUCCAGGUGCACCUGUACAUUGGACUGGCUGUUAUGUGCGGCUUCAUAGUUUAUGAUACGCAGCAUAUUCUGGAGAAGGUUAGGCAUGGAGAUAAGGAUUAUGUUAUGCAUAGCGUGGAGCUCUUCAUAGAUUUCAUCGGUGUAUUCAAGCGCCUUCUCAUCAUUCUCACAGACAAGGAGGCCCAGAGCAAGAGGAGGAGGAGGGAUUAAUACCUGGGCGACCAGUCUAGAACAUAAGCGGUAGGCAUACACUUGUCAGGAACAGAACCUGUCUCAAGUUUAGUACCACACUGAUGUAUUGUAGUUGAUUGUAAAUCAAAUUUUGUAUUUUGGUCCAAAAAUGCUGUUAGUGUGUUAAUUGAAAGUAUUAAAUAUAAUGUUUCGUACAGAAGCAGCAGCCUCAAGUGAUGAGCCAAAUGAUAGCUCAGUGGAAACUAUUUACAAUUUAUAGCAAAGGAGUAUAGUUAAUUUGAGGAAAAUUUAUGAAUUUUAUGUAGUACGUGACAUUGAUAAUAAUGGAAACUUGCCACAAUUUUAUCAUGCACUUUGCUCACUAACGUCCAAGAGCUAGUACAACACACACAAUUACUGCUUUUUGCCAUUACAUCUUGGGUUCUGUCUUUGAUUGUCACCUUAGUGUUAAUGGACUCAUAUCUAACUUCACACUUAAUAUUUUGAGUCUACAUUAUCCGAGUAUAUAUUUAGUUCAUUCUGAUUCUAUUCAUGAUGCUAGCUUGAGAUGGGAUUAGGUCGUAAAUAUAGGUGUAAGUUGUAAAACAGUUUUUCACAUUUCUACUUUGAGAGCUGAAGCUACCAUACUUGACAUGCAUGCUUAAAUUCGAUACAUUCUACACUAAUGUUCUUUAACAUCCACUGGUCAAGGGAACCCUUAAGGGAUAGCAGGAAUGAGUUAAGUUAGCUUUCAGAAUUCUAAAAAGUUCUUUGUUGAUAGUCCUCUAUUGGAUUAAUUGAAACGUCAAAACGAGUGAGGAAGGCCAUAUUUUCAAGGUAAGUCUGAUGACUACUGUUAGUUCACAUCUUUUGAUUCUAUUUAAUGUUUAAAUUCAGUUUGGUGCAUUGGAUUUUGUUAAUUUCAUAAUUGUAUUGGUGUUAUUAAGUGUUAGAGGAAUGAUGUUAUUUUACCUAGAAAUUGAUGUGUACAGAAUUAAGGGUGUAAAUAUUAGUCAUGCUCUGUUAGUUUCAGAAAAAUGUUUACCUUUCAUUUGAGAAAUUCAAAGUUUAUUUUAUUAAUGUUUUAGGAAGCUGUUAUUUAAUUUUUUUUCAUAGAAUUAAGGCAAUUGCUCAUUUUGCUAGAUUACUUUUUUUAAGUUUUGGAAAUACUUGUACAAUAUCUAGUUAGUUGUCAUGUAAGGCAUUUCACUUGUAAUUUUUUUUUUUUUUUUUUUUAAUAAACUGUACCUAUCAUGACUGUCUUGUAUAUGUAAACUAUUUGAAAGUUGCAUGGAACCAUUGUUCAACACUGGUGGUAUUAGAGCAAUAUUUGCAAAUGUCAAUGGGGCUUUUGGCAAGUUUAGUUUUAAAAGUUGUGAAAGUAAAGCUUAUUUUAUUUUUGGGUGUAUUUUACAGACGUUCAUUAUUACAAAACGAAUUUUCACAAAAGGAACCACACUUGCCAUUUCUCGGGAACUGUUGAAUGAAUGUAGGUUAUAUGGUGAUUAACGGUCUAGGGUUGGUUCCGUUAAGAAAAAACUUUUUAUAAAACCCCAAGGCUUACCUUGUUAGACAUUAAAAAUCACAUUCUAGUUAAAUUAACAUAAUUAUGACCAGCCUAGAUUCGUAUUAACAUGAGGUAUUGAAUAGUUUGGAAGGUAUCUGUACUUUGCUGUAAGACCCAUCGCCACUAGUGGUAGUGUUGAUGUUUCCUGUAGCACUGAUCAAUAAACUGGGAAUUGUAUAAUCCUCUUGUGAUAAAAUUACCGUAACUGGAAAAAUAUUCAUCGUUUGUCUGCUGGGGAAACACGAGACAAUAACUUUGUUCGGGGACUGUUAUCAGUUAAGGUUUGAACCCAUUUUCUGCCUUUGAUUGUGAAAUUGUGUGCCCAAUUCUCCCUUUUGCUAAUAGCUGCAAUACCUCCGCUACCUAGAGCCAACAUACCCAAGUUUGAACUUAUAUUUUACAGAAACCAAAACUUAAAUGGUGUAGCUGUGGCAAAGUACUCUACAAUGUCAUCGUAUUUUGUAAUGCAGAAUAUUGUUGGUCAGAUCUGGGUAAUUGAGAUAUUGGGGUGUUCUAUAUCUAAUAUAUGGCAGAUUUGUGUUGUGAAAUUUAAUUAGAGUGUAUAAGAAUAUACUGUAAUAUUUUCUCGACAUCUGUAACUGUCACGAUUGCCAAUAAAGUACUUUUUCAUACUUCA